CCCCGCCCCGCCCCGCCCCGCGUCUGCCUCAGAGGGACCCGAGCCACCCGGACCGCCGCGUCCCCGCCGCCGCCGCCGCGUCCCCCGCCGGGGCCGACCGAGCCGAGCCGGGCCGGAGCGGCGGGCGCGGCCGGGCCGCCAUGGACCAUAAGCCCCUGCUGCAGGAGCGGCCGCCCGCCUACAACCUGGAGGCCGGCCAGGGCGACUACGCGUGCGGCCCGCACGGCUACGGCGCCAUCCCCGCCGCGCCCCCGCCGCCGCCCUACCCCUACCUCGUCACAGGGAUACCCACCCACCAUCCCAGGGUCUACAACAUCCACAGCCGGACCGUCACCCGGUACCCUGCCAACUCUAUCGUGGUCGUGGGAGGCUGUCCCGUCUGCAGGAAUCAGGUGUCUGCAUUUUCCUUCAAUUUCCGCAAGUUUACUCUGCAGUCGAUCAUCGAAGGUGGUGGAAGGUUUCGUUUUCCCGGAAGGGGCAAUUGGAAGUAAGUGCACCAGCAGGAGAGACCUCAGUGGGAGAAGCGACGGCUGUAAGAGCUGCUUUAGCCAAAGCUGGCUUGAAACGCCCUUUUACGAGCUGGACCAGGAUGGAAACCCCGUGGUUCUUUGAGGCAGGAGUGAUUUUUUUCAUAUCCUCGAAUUAGACCUGCACAGGCUUUCUGGUUUUCAUAAGACCCUGAGGUGCAGCUAGAGGAUUGUUUUGUGGAGGUUUUGAGGAUGCAAAUUUAAAUAAGGAUUAAUUAAAUAUAAAUCCUUGGCAGCUGGGGGUGUUCAGAUUGCCUAGAAAGUAGGGGCAGAGUUGGCGGGGACAGGGUUUUCAGCUGUAUCUGGGAGGAGGAAGUUGAAGCCGCUGAGAUGGAAUUAAGAAACCCUGGUUUGGACUUAUACUUGAUUUCAAAAGUGUGUGUGUAAGGCCUAGCGCAGAGUCAUGGGGAAGUGAGUGAUUUCAGAGCCUUAGCAGGCAACUUCCUGGGAAGAGGGAGGGCAUCCCAGAGGUGGGGACAAGAGGCUGGGACCUCAGGGGCAGGUUGUGGCCACUUGCCUGCAUAGGGACCCCGUGACAAACCCUAAAUGGGACGUCAGUUUGACACAGUUGGUCACCACCCAGCAGAAACGUUGGCCUUUGGAGUGAAGGUGGAGGGGAGGACAGGGCGGGGCGCCGGCUGCCUCUGGGACAUAGUUUUCUCUCGGAGCUGCACCGGGUUGAGGGGGCUGGCGGAGCUGUGUGGGUGUGAAGGCACAUGGAGGGGACUCAGAACAUGGAGGGGACACAGAACAUGGAGGAGCAGAGGGUCUGCCUGCGUGUCAUUGUCCAUGCCUUGCCAUCCCAGUGUCCAGCCUGCCGGAGGAGCUGGAUUCCAGUCCUGGUCCUGCCAGGAACAGCGGGGCCUGUUUCCCCGUCUGGGACAUGGGGGUGCCUGGUGAGGUGUCUCUGAAGCUCUUAGCUCUUCUCUGCCCAAGGCCCUGAACUUGGAGAUGUGGGAGACCAGCGGCAGUGAGGGAUGGCCCAGAUAUCCCAGGGCUGGGGGGGCGCCCAGGUGGCGGUGCAGUUGCUGUCGGUAAUGGGGGUGUUGGCCCUGCCACUUCCCCUUCCCUAGGUGGGAGCUGUGUCCCUGUGGAGGCCGGUGGCUUCCGCUGACCCGGCGGUGCCCCCUGCUGUGCAGAACCUGGAGUGGAGUCAGGCUGUGCUCUGCUCUGCUGUGGAGGAUCUUGGGCUCGGCCCCCAGAGGCUACAGGAGCGGGGUUCUCAGUUACUUGAUCACUGUGUUCUCUGCCCUUGGGCAGCUGCACCAGGCAGGGUGGAGGCUGGGUCCUCUCUGGACAAGAUUGGGGGGUCCUUAGUCCUUUAAGUUGGGACCAGAGCACUCUUUGAUCCUCCGGCGACCCCUUGGGUUGCAGCCAGGCCCCCCCAGCACACCAGUCCCUGUGCUCUGCCUGUGGUGCCCUGGAUGCUGGAGAGUGGCCCCCGCUCCCCGAGGCUUGGCCUCUGCAGCAGCAUUGGGCAUGGGAUGGGCCCCUGUGCCCUGCAGCAGCCAGAGGGUGAGCAGGGGGCUGGGUGCUCUGCUGCUGGCGUGGGGAGGGGGUGUGUGGUCCCUGGGCCACUCCUUUCUACGAGGAGAGUGGAGACGCACACGUCUGGUCGUCUGGCCGCCGCCUGCCGUCUUGGGGCCGGGAGACAGGAUACCGCUCACAUGACCACACUUCCUCCUGCCCCAGGUCCAGCCCAUCGGGCUCUGUCCCCCUCCCUGCCUGGUGGCAUGGCAGGAAUUUGUCCAAGUCACACGUCUGUUAGUCCUUCUGAGUGAGGCUUGGCCAGAGAAGCCUAUGUCCCUUGUGGUUCUGCUGCCCUGGCUAGGCCUUUGCUGAAGCUUCCUGACUCCGUCUGCCCUUUUUAACCAUUUAUGAGGAAGCAUUUCCGCAGCCCAGCGGUGGAUAUGCCCCUGUUCCUCCCGCCCUCCUGCUUCACGCCUGCCCUGCCCUGCCCAAGGCCUGGGCCUCUCUGAAACCGGGUUCUCCCUUGCCCAGGGAGGCCAGUCUUUCUCUGCUGGGGUGUGGUUAUACCUAGGUGCAGGAUGAGGUGGCUGCACUGGGAGGCUCUCCUGGGCUGGAGCAGAGCCUGUACCCUGCAAAGCAGGAACGCAGGAGUGGGGAAGGUCCUGGCAACACAGGGCCUGGCCUGCACCAGUCCCCCAUGAGUAUGGCUGGGCUGUCAUUGGGUGUUUAGUUUUGGGGGUGACCAGAGAGGAAGUCCUGAGAAGGAUUUCGCCUUUCCCAGAGAAGGUGAAACGAAAAGCUGUGGAGGGCGGAUGUUGCUCAGAGGUCCAGGGUUCGGCUCAGUAGCCAGCAUGGAGGUUGCCACUGCCCUUGAGGGGCAGAGGUGGGCUGUGGAGGGAACGGGGUGACUGUGGAGCCUGGGAAGGGCUGGAGGGGAAGGAGCCUGUGACAUCCUUGGGCUUCCAGAUGAUGGUGGUGGAGGGGCUGGUCCCUCCUACCGCCUGUGACCUGGAAGCCAGCGCUCCGCUGGUUGAGGAAGUGGCUGAGUUAGCUGGGAUGGCCCUACCCAUGUGCAUGGCCUAUGGGCUGUCCCUGUCCUGACAGUCUUGGCCUGAGGUGUGGGGGCAGCGGAUGGGCUGGAGCUUGGGCCUAGGCUGUUUGCUGGGCAGGGUUGUGGACCUCAGGGUCCGAGUGCUGCCUCAGUGGCCUCCUGAGUUUCUGACCUUGGGCUCUGCCCCCAGCUGCGGGCCAAGUGGCACUGCUGGGGUGGGUGUGGUGGCAGGCAGCGUCUCAGGCCUUUCUUCCACAGGAGAGGCUGGGACUGGCCCUGGCCAUUGGGUUUGCUGGGAAUGGCCCUGGGAGGUCCUGGUGAACUGUCCCUAAGCGAGGCAGCUCCCCCGCCCCCGUGGGGAGUGGGUACCCUGGGGCAGCCAGAAGCUGGCUGGAGCUGCUUUGGGGCCACCUCGCCCUGUGCUGAGCAUGGCUUCAGGCGCGCAGCCCUCUGAGGAAGCCCUGUGUCUCCCCUUUUCCUGGCGAGGCUCGACCUUCCAGCGAGGUGUGGUGGUCUGGGGUUGUUCCUGGGCGUGGAUGGUGCCUCGAGGCCACUGUGUGUGCACAGAGGGCAGCUGGGUGCCCUGGGGCAGCCCCUGUGACACUGACGGCCUUUGGGGGCUGCCUUGGAGGGAGAACGGGCCUGCAGGAUGGGUGCUUGUGACUGGGGAGCCCAUCUGGGUUCAGAUCCCAGCCACGCCCUUCCCUGCUGGGAGGCCUGGGACACACCCCAGUUUUUAGCCUCCUGUGAGCCCAUCCGGGUUCAGAUCCCAGCCAUGCCCUUCCCGGCUGGGAGGCCCUGGACACACCCUGGGCUUCAGGCUCCUGUAAAGUGCCUGUGGGGACACAGGAAGGGUGAGGAUGGCCCUUUCCCUGGGCAGCUCAGAGCCCUGCUGCCAGCCCCUUCUGUCCCUGGUGAGGCGGGAGCCCUGUGGCCUCCACUGCCCCAGGGCCCAGCUCCGGGUGGAUGACAGUGGCAUGACUGGCCACCUUCACUGCAGGGCUGGAGUCGACUUAAGGGAGUGCUCUUGGAAUUAGUCAGUUCCCUAAUUUCGCCAGUGGCCAUGAUCCCUCCCUGGCCGCGUGGCCUAUUGCGCAAUAGUGGGGGAGGGGCGGCUAGAGGGAGCUGGUCAGGACCCGAGCGGUUGAGAAGGUUGAAACCCACCCCACCAACCCAGGUGGGCUCUUCUGGGUUUGGAAGGGAGAACCGGAGGCUGUGGGGACGGACAGGCUGACGGGGAUGGCAGCUGUUCCGGGGCAGGGGUUCCCCUUCUCCCCUCCAGUGCUGGCCCUGCAGCUUGGGGAGUCUUGGUCUAGAAGUUGGAUCGUGUUUCUCAGUUCAGAAGAUUUGGGGUUUUAAAAAGCACAUGAUGCCAACACUCCUUUUGAGGUCUAGGGCAGUACUGCAGUUAAAACAUUAAUAUUUCUGCAGUAAGACAUGAAUAUUCAGAUAAACUAGGAUAAAUUACGACUAUAAAUAGCCACACACCAGUUCAGGUCACAUGUUGCUGCCAGGUGAGUUUGCUGUCAAGUGACAGCCAGUUCUGCCUUCAGCGCUUCUUGGUGUUUGAAGUUGUGGGUGUGGCUGUGGAAUCCUGGGGGGUAGGGUAUGCCGCCCACCUUCCAGCUGACCCCAGAGCCAGAGGUGAGGGCCGAAUGCUCCUGGCCAGCCCUCGGGCCUUCGAAGCCCGUUCAGGGUUCUCAGGCCUGGAUCACAGCCUCCUGUUGCUGGCGGAGGCCUGAGCCUCCUGGGGCGGCUGGAUCUGUCCAGUUCCCGGGUGGCACUGCAGGGAAACAGGCUCACUCUCCCCAGAGACCCAGGGGCCUUGGCCCUCCUGCCCUCUCUUUAAGUGGCGUGGAGGUGGGCAGGAGGGUGGGGGUUGAAUGGACCAGGGAUGGGGCGGCUGCCCUAGGAGGUGCCAGAGUGGGUCCCCGGACUGAGGGGCUCAGCCCAGGGUGGCACAAACGGACCGGCCCUGUGCUCUGGCUGAGGACAGGAUGGGUCUGGACGGAAGCUCUGUGGGUUGGAAGGAGGAGGGUGUUUCCCUGUGCCUGGGAGGCCAUGGGGUCAGUGCAUUUGGUUUGGCCCAUGGCACUGCUUGCAGCCCCGGGACUGGGAAUCGAGGUGCUGAGAAGUGAGGCGCCGGGGCCUGGGUGGGCUGGACUGGCGCUGCUGGAAAUCCUGGCGCUCAGGUGGGCCGGUGCCCUGGCCCGUGGCAGUGGGAAUCCAGCGUGAGUGAGCAGCCUUCCUGCACUUCUCAGCUCUGACGGAGUAGGUGGGUUUUGGGGUCUGGAUGGAGAAUUAGGAAGCAGGAGGGCGCUGCUGCCCUUGGACUUGGUGAAAGCAGCAGCUGCAGGUGGGAAGCUGGUGUGGGCGGGGCCACCAGGCAGCACUGAAGCCCCACCCCUGCCCAUUGCACCAUUGUACCUGGACGUCUCUGCUGUGCCCCAUGGGCAGGCUCCAGCCGGGCUCCCCACCCACACCCCUUUGCCCAGCCUCCUCCCAGGCACCUCUGCCCGCAGCCCUUCGUCUCAGCAGCUUUGGUCCUGAGGCGAGGUGCUCAGAUGGUCACUGAUUGGGCCGGCUGAGGGGGGCCUGGUGGCACUGGGGACCACUCCAGGGGGCAGGCUUCUUCCCUGGAAGGAUUUCUCAGCUGGUUCACCCUCCCUGUCUGCUUUUUCAUGGGACAGUUUCUAACCAGAACAUACAGCCAGUGUGUUUCCUGGGAUUUGACCGUAGAUGCCGUGGAGGAAACGGGAAAGGAAGCCCAGACGCUCCCUCCAGUUAGCCCGGAGCCUGUCAUGGCCAUCUGUGGGGACACAGCUGGUGCUCGACCUUCCCGGGGCUCCCCCACCUCGACUGUGUGGUCUUGGGAGCUGUGGCACCUGCGGCUUCUGCCCACCCGACACCCCGGGGAGAAGGUCCUGGAGCCAAGCAGGGCAUGCUGCACUCGGCAGGGCUGGGCGGAGGUGUCCUGCCCAGUCUGGACUGGCAGGGGCAGCCCUGGGCAAGGCUGAACAAGUGUGGUGGCCUGGCGACCUUGUGGUGCUUAGACAGGGGACACUUUUGUAAAAGUCCACGCAGGAAGUAGAAACUUUGCUGACAGGCUCCGGUCUUUGGCUUGGCUUUGCCUUGGAGCUUCACGGUGUGCUCUGCAGCCCGGCUCCGCCCCUCCACACAGACAGGUGGCGCUGUGUGAGUCUGGGAAACACUGGGUACAAGAGGGCCGGCCGCAGGACUGCUCAGAGCCUUUUGAGAACGAAUGGACAUAGGGACUUGAGGAGAAAAGUUUCCCCAAACCAGCUGAAUGGUUCCCCUUUUCCAAAUGUGUACCACCGUGUCUGGCUAAGUUUAAAUUGUUGUAGAGGUGUUGCAGGGGGUUUUACUUUGUUGCCCAGGCUGGUUUUGAACUGCUGGCUUUAAGUGAUCUGCCUCUGCCUCCCAAAGUGCUGCAGUUGCAGGCGUGAGCCACUGUGUCCAGCUCCAUUGGAGAUGGCUGAAGGGACCUCCCUGAGGAGGCUGGAGGGAGGCAGGUGGGCAUGAAGUGUUUUUCUUUUUCUUUCUUUUUUUUUUUUUGAGACAGUUUUGCUCUUGUUGCACAGGCUGGAG